CAGCGAGCAGGAUGCAGCUCCUCGACGGUGGCCUCCUCGCUCUCGCCUUCCUCAUGCUCCCUCGCGGAAGCCUUCAGCAGACCUGUCCCCUUGCUCCUCCUAGUCUCUCAUCUCCACUGCUGACGACCGCCACAUGCGGACAGACCGGUCUGGCCCGAGCCGGAGCGACGGACCUGAGGCAGCUGGAGCCUGAGGGGCAGACAUGGCUGCACCGGACCCGGAACGGACUCUUCCGCGCCAUAGCGGGGGCCCUUGGGCUUGGGGGGCUCCGGAUCAUCAACGGCUCCCCGGCCACCAUCUCGGAGGCCCCCUUCGUGGCGUAUAUCUUGACGUCCAGCUCGUCGGGAGUAGGAAAGAAGUGCAGUGGGUCCAUCAUAGGGAAUCAGUGGAUCCUCACGGCAGCCCACUGCUUUUACUCGGGAACGUGA